GCUGUGGCCUCAACGUGUCCCCGUCUCUGCUUCCUCUUCUGCUGGUCUCCGUUUCCCAGAUCUGUCUGCCUCACUGCCUCUCGAUGUCUCUGUCUCCCGCUUUCUUCGCUUUUGGUGGUCGGCUUUCGUGUCCGCAGUCUCUUUCUCCUGCUUCCGUCUCCUCAGCCUUGGUCAUUCUCCCGGGUGUUGGUGCCCGAGACCUGAGAGCCUGCCUGCGAGCCAAGCUCUACCUGGAGAGAGAUGGAGGAACCGGGGUCCUGUGCAGAGGUCAUGGAAGAAGUGACGUCCUGCUCCUUCAACACCCCUCUGUUCCAGCAGGAAGACAAGAGAGGGAUCACCUACCGGAUCCCAGCCCUGCUCUACGUACCCCCCACCCACACGUUCCUGGCCUUUGCAGAGAAGCGCUCUACGAGCAGGGAUGAGGAUGCUCUCCACCUGGUGCUGAGGCGAGGGUUGAGGACCGGGCACUCAGUACAGUGGGGACCACUAACGCCACUGAUGGAAGCCAUGUUGCCUGGGCAUCGGACCAUGAACCCCUGUCCUGUGUGGGAGCAGAAGAGUGGCUGUGUGUAUCUGUUCUUCAUUUGUGUGCAGGGCCAUGUCACUGAGCGUCAACAGAUCGUGUCAGGCAGGAAUGCUGCUCGCCUCUGCUUCAUCUGCAGUCAGGAUUCUGGCUAUUCAUGGAGCGAUGUGAGGGACCUGACUGAGGAGGUCAUUGGCUCAGAAGUGAAGCAUUGGGCCACAUUUGCUGUGGGCCCGGGCCAUGGCAUCCAGCUGCAGUCGGGGAGGCUGGUCAUCCCUGCAUAUGCCUACCACAUCCCUUACUGGUUCUUUUGCUUCCCGUUACCAUGUAAAGCCAGGCCUCAUUCCCUGAUGAUCUACAGUGAUGACCUAGGGGCCACAUGGCACCAUGGCAGGUUCAUUAAGCCCAUGGUGACAGUAGAGUGUGAAGUGGCAGAGGUGACUGGGAAGGCCGGCCACCCUGUGCUGUAUUGCAGUGCCCGGACGCCAAACAGGUGCCGAGCAGAGGCUCUCAGCACUGACCACGGCGAAUGCUUUCAGAGGCCGGCCCUGAGCCAGCAGCUCUGUGAGCCCCCGCAUGGCUGCCAAGGUAGUGUGGUGAGUUUCCAGGCCCUGAGGAUCCCACGUGGGUGCCAGGACCGUACUGGCAAAGAUGCCCCUAUCGUUCAGCAGACCCCUCUGCUGGACAGCUCUUUGAGGCUACAACAGGAAACUGGAACACUGUCAGAAUCAUGGCUCUUGUACUCACACCCAACCAGUAAGAAACGGAGGGUUAACCUAGGCAUCUACCUCAACCAGACCCCCUUGGAGGCGGCCUGCUGGUCCUCGCCAUGGAUCUUGCACUGCGGGCCCUGCGGCUACUCUGAUUUGGCUGCGCUGGAGGAUGGCUUGUUUGGGUGUUUGUUUGAGUGUGGGACCAAGCGAGAAUGUGAGCAGAUUGCCUUCCGCCUGUUCACAGACGAAGAGAUUCUAAGUCAUGUGCAAGGUGACUGCACCAGCCCUGGUAGGAACAUGGAACCAGUUCAAAACUAACUGGCUUAGGAUCCAACUUUCCAUAGAAGGGAAACCAUCAGAAGGCAACCACAGCCAGGAAAAUGGAGGCCAGGAUAACAGACGUUACUGAACCUACAGGGAAUCCCAAAACCUAAUAUUCUGUUCCCUACCUUUUUUCACCUCUCCAAAGAGGAGAAUGAAAAAAUUUUGCCAUAGCUACUGCAGUAGAAAUAGCCCUGAAUAAUGUAAAUUAGGAGACCUUGAUAUGAUCCUGGGCCUGCCACCGCUAGCUCUGGGACUUGAACUCUCUGGGCCUCAGGUCUUCAUCUGUAAAAUGAGGUCAUUCAUUAUGUGAUUUCUCUCCUUCCUGUCCCAAGGGAAGGCAGAGUGCCUGCUUGCUCCAUGACCAGUAUGUCCUGGCUGCAGAUAGGACUCUGAUCUCAAAAUAGAAAUCAGAGGACCCAUCUUUUCAAAUGACUUACCAUUCAUCCAACUGUGAAGUUAUAAGAAGGUGUCGUGUCAUAAAGAAGGAUUUGGAUUGUUCAGUUUUUAAUAGAAACAUCCACACCCUUCUAAUCACGCUCAGAGCUCUAUGGGUUAUCCUAGAGGAACUGGGCAAAACAAUAGAAUCAUGAGGUCACCUACCUUCUUCAGCUUUGCAGCUUUGCUCAACCUGCACUUCCUCAUCCAGAAAGCCUUAUUUCCUAGGCACAAAAUGAUGGCUUUACUCCUAUGAAAGAUGAACCUGAAGUUCAUUUAUUAGGAUGGUUCCUUAUGGGAAAAAGACAUGGCUUAAGGCUUUAAAGCAUUGGCCAAAUCUUUCCACAGUCUCUGCUCUCAGGGAGCUCAUAGUUUAUGAGGCUAGAAGGAGAAAAUUAAAAAGAAAAAAAUGCGGCAGGUAGAACAAUCUGUAGAUGUUGGGCUGUAACUUGGUGUGAUGGUAGCUCAUUGUCCUUGCUGAACCUUUAUUGUGCCUGGAGUCAUCUGCCCCAAGCGCUCAUCCAGGCUGCUGGGUUUCUCCUAAGUUUGUUUUUCUGAGAAUGUUGUCUUGGCCCAGCCACUUCAUUUGCCAGUGGAGAAAGUCUUCAAAGUUAGAAAGGUCUCUGGACACCCCCAAGCCACUGAAUCUGGUCUGUUUGUUUGGACCUACUGAAAUCACUAUUUGUAAAGUGGGGAUGACAUUUGUCUAGUAGUUUUAGGGCUUAACUUUGCCAGUAGUGGGUCUCUUGGAUAAUACCAGAGCGGUUGCUCUUACUUUAGAUUGCUUCCCCCUUAGCUUGUUAUUGUGAGAGAGGUUCUAUCAUGAGAGAUUUCUUUUUUGUCCCCCUUAAACUGGCAUAUCAGCUAAAUAAAGGAUGGAGGAAAAGUAGAUCCACAGUUCCUAUGGAAAACAAUGCAAUAAUAAACUUGCUUCUGCCCCACCCUGUAUAUGUGGUGCUAGGCAAUGACCCCGGAGAGCAAGUCUUAGUGGUAGAAGGUAGCCUAGGAUGCACCUGCCAGAUGGGGGAAGAGUCCUACAGGAGGGAAGUGGAGAUCAGCUUCACUUACUUCAGCAUAUGGUUAAAGCCCAUGUCUUAGUGUAGCCUCAUAUGUUUGCCAUCAUCUUCCCAGAAGUCAGCUGCAAUCAUUCAUUCACUCAUUUAUACAUUUAUGUAAAUAUUUCUUGGGUGCCUGCACAUAAUGUAAGGUGCUUUCUGUUGCUGUCCCUUGGAUGAAAAUAAUUUGUGGCUCCUCAUUGCCUGUUAAAGGGUAUUUACCUUUAGCAUGGCAUGUGGGACCUUUGGUUGUUGAGUGAAAUAAUGAUUACUUAUCUCUACUUCUUGAUAUGAAGCCUGCUGUCAAAGAAGACCUCUGUCAAGUUGGCAGGUGGAGGGAGGUAGGGGUUUGGUGCAGGGGAGAGGAUUAAAAGCACAUCCCCCUCCUAGUAUUAGAAACUUCUUGUUCAGCAAAGCGUACCUGAGCACUAUACUCCAAACAGAUAGGAAUAGGGAGGAUGGAUGGCUAAGCUCUGCAGUCAGGGCUAAAGGGUGGAGAGAAUGGUAAUAUCUUUGGGACCAUCCAAGAAGGGCGUCAAGGAAGGGACUUCAGUUGUAUGCCAGUGUUGGCCACAGAUGUUUAGUGUGAUACUCGUAAGAUGCCUCAACCAUCCCUAAAUUGCCCUCUUCAUUCUCCUUCCCUUUUGCCUCAUGUUUGCUUCUCUUAGUGAGAAACUCCCUGAAUAGGCAAUAAAUUCCUUUAAUAGGCAAGUAGGCAAAUAUGUGCACAUUUCAGAAUUAGCAAGAAAAGAGGGGGACAGGCAUAAUCCAGAAUGAGGACUAGAGAGAGGGACAGGGUGGGUGAUGGCAGCUGUGAAGAAAAAGAACAGCAGAUAGAAGUCCUGGCACCUUUAGGAAGAGAGAGAAAGUAGUACAGAUGAGGCCUAGGCCGGACACGUGGCGUAGGUGGUGGUUGCUGUGAAGAAGAAUCGGUAACAGGCUGGAGCGAUUCCCCAAACCAUGUGGGAACAGAAAGAGGCCUGCACAGAGCAGCAGGUUAGGCUGCAGAUAAGUUCCUACCCAACCCUGUAACUUUAAGCUGGCUCAGUUUGUCCAUGCUCCAGGCGACCAACAAAAACAUCCAACUCUAUGUGCCAAUUACUCAAGAUCAUCAGGGCCCUAGAACCUAUACCAUGGUACUGGUAUCCUAACUAAGCCUAUUGCAGCCACUGCCAGGUUGGUAGAAUGGAAAAGAUAGGGCAGAUGAUAGCAGCUGUGAAGAAAAGAAAGUAGACUGAAGGCCUAUAUUCUAGAGGCAUAAAGAAAGGUCUAUAAAGGCUGUGGUCCUUUGCUCCCAGAUGCCCCACCCUGUCCUUGGACCUUUCGUGGGUCCAUCUAACACAGGUGGCCCACCGCUGGAAGUGCAAGAAAGCACAGGUAGUGGCCUCCUGCCGCUGGUAUGCACCCAGACCAGCCUCCCAUCCAUUCACCCUGCUGGUCUUGCUCGUGCUCCCUAACUCCUAGGCUCCUAAUAUUUACCUCAGGGCUUUGUUAUUUGGCCCUUGUUACUUGGAGCUGUUUUCCCUGGUCACCACAGGGUAUAAUAUAACUAGAGCCAUAGGUAAGAGGCCUUGCAGCCUGCUUGUUGGGUAGCCCAAGGGACCCACAGAGACCACCCUGAGGCUGCACAGCCUCCUCCUCGGGAGAGUGGGAUUCAGUCCUUACUUGGGCUAGAUUAAAUUGCUCAGUGUUCUUCAGUAGGCUGUGAAUUUUCCCCACUGCAUUAUUCAGUAGACGCCGUGGCACCCUCCCCUGCGCUGCCCCAGUGCGCAGUUGGAGCCUCUCUGGUCCUUACCGUGGGCUGCCCUAUGUUGCUGUUGCCUGUGUGCUGUGCCCUCUAGGCCUCUGCUGAGCAGUUGCUGGGCUGCUUGAGGGUGCAAUCGGACUCCUCACUGUGUGCUUUUCACCUUGAAUCAUAAUGACUUCAUAAAUAAAUGCUUCUAUCAUACUUUGAAUUCCCUGAAGAUAAGGCCUCUGAGUCCUCUCUUUGUCCUCCUCACCGAGCACAGGGCCGGGCACAAAAUAGACAACAGUAAAGCUCUGCUGACUUAAUAAAGGAAUGAAAGACCCAUGGCCUUCUGGAGCUAAUGAGGAGGCUAGGGUGAGCUCCCUCUCGGGGGGAGCAUGCGGCAUCCCUCUGGGUUCAUGGCACUCCGGACCUGCCGCACGCUCACCCAGAGGCUUCUCUGUGCUGGCGUGCUUCCACGUCAGUCACAGGGUUUCCUGGGGAUGAGCUCUUCUCUGGCUUGAGUCUGGUCUUGCCUGGAUAUCCCCAGGAUCACAGCCCAAGCCCAAAGCGAAGCCUUGAUUUGGGGUUCUCAUUUCACUGGUAUUCCCCUGUCUGAUUGGGUUUUCUGUAACUACUUCUCCUCCAGGACUCUGAGGGAGAUGCUGACCCUCAGCAUGUUCUGUGUGUGGCUUGGUUCUGUGAUACCAGGUGCCACAAAUGCUCUCUGUACUGUAAAGACUGAAA